AGGGAGUAGAGAGCACAGAGCUGCAGCUUAGCAAGUGUUUGUGGAGAUAUAUACAGUAAAGGAACACAAUGAUGAGGGUCGGCCUGCAAAGUCUGCUAACAUAUCUACUGUUGGGCCAUACAGUAACCUUACAGAUGGCAGACCAGUUCACCACACCAAAUUCAUCUCCACCAAACCUUUGGUCAGGAACCGCCAGCUCCGAGCCCAUAAAUCGUAUAAAUUCCCACAGUACAACUCCAGUAAUAAAUUCCCACAGUACAACUCCAGUAAUGCAUUCCAGCGGUACAACUCCAGUAACAAAUUCCCGCAGUACAACUCCAGUAACAAAUUCCCACAGUACAACUCCAGUAAUGCAUUCCAGCAGUACAACUCCAGUAACAAAGUCCAGCAGUACAACUCCAGUAAUGCAUUCCAGCGGUACAACUCCAGUAACAAAAUCCAGCAGUACAACUCCAGUAAUGCAUUCCAGCAGUACAACUCCAGUAACAAAAUCCAGCGGUACAACUCCAAUAAUGCAUUCCAGCGGUACAACUCCAGUAACAAAUUCCCGCAGUACAACUCCAGUAAUGUAUUCCAGCAGUACAACCCCAGUAAUCUAUUCCAGCAGUACAACUCUGUCCGCCAAACAUACAGCUACCACCGAUGCAGUCACACUAACCCCAACAUCUGGCAGCACUGAGGAAAACAACACUUCAGGCUCAAAAACUUCAUUACAAACAGAAGCCUCCUCCACAUCCUCUUCAUCUUCCUCCUCACCCCUAUCAUCUACAUCUAUCACAGUUCAGAGCCAGAACCCUACUUCAGGGCCUCAAUCAACAAGUGUGACCAUUGUGACGACAAGGAACAACAGCAUAAUAACAACUCAUGCCGGCAUCACCAGUCCCAGCCCUAUCCAAACCACCACCACCACCACCACCACCACCACCACCAGAACAACCCAAACCACCACACAGAAUCUGGCAGGACACAAUUCCAAAACUUGGAGCUCAGGACGUAUUGCAGCUCUCACUUCCCUGUUCAUUGUAAUUGUCAUUGCAGUGUUAGGUGGGGUGUACUACUACAAGAUCCGACAUACAUCCUACGGUCCUCUACUGGAUAACGACUACAGCACUUUAGGAACCUUCAACAACCCCAUUUAUGACCCUUGAAUCUUAACUUUUGACCUCUGACUCCGGAAAUGACCCCGAACUCCUCAGGCUGCAGCGAGAGCCAUUCUGAGUGUGUUUACAGUUUGCGUGUAAUAAGUUCAGGACAAUCACAUUUUAUCACUAUAUUAUGUGACUUGAUAACUUGAUAGCACUCAGUUGCAGAACAAAUGUGAUAUUUCUCUUGAUCUUUGUUCAAGUAGCCUCAGGUAAACAUGAAAGGAAAUAAAAUAGCAGUGUUUACUCAGGUAGCCUUUCAAAGAGCUCAGGCUGCAUAGACACAGUGCAUAAUCGUAUGAAGUGUGCCAGCUUAAAUCGCUGUGAAAACAAGCGUCUCAGUAGAGGACUCAUGAUUCUCAAAGGAUACUUGUACAAAAAAAAAAGAUUUCUAUCCAAUAUUUCUGAAAAGAAGUGGAUUAUGUGAACGCAAAUAUGUUGUCGGGUACAGGCUAAAAAUUUCAGCAAUCUGGGAGCAACAGUGGAAAACCUAGAAGAACAAAAAACUCAACUGAAAUAAUGUGACAGAAAACUGCAAAUAAUGUAUAGUAGAUGUAAAUCAUGGCCGAGCAGUUAACUUUUUUACCAUUGAAUGUUCUUGUUGGCACCUACUGAGAUACUUUUUCCUUACAUAAACUGUGAAAUGAUGAGAUUUCUGUUGCAAAAGUAGAUGCUCAGAUUUUAAAAUUUACAGUUAUUAACUUAAAUGUAGCUGCGCGAACACUCAUGUACAAAGGAAAUUGAACUCCUGAAAAAUAAAAGGUAUUAGAAGCAACAAUAACCCAGCAAGCAGACUAAUUUGAGAAAAAUGUGUUAAGUUUCAGGUUUCACACUUAUUUUCAAAUUAAGAGUGUAAAGUGUGUUUUUUCCAUCUACAGACUUACAUCACAUGCAGUCCUUUAAAAUUAAUAUGAAUUGUUUUCAUAUAUCAAACUGAAGGGUGCAGAGGCAUAGAGAGAUGGCCUUUAAACCUUCAAACCCCAUGUAUUCAUCCUGCUGAAGUGUCCUUGAGCAAAACACUGAAUCCCCUCCUGUUUCAAGGGCUGGUCUGCAGCUAAUCAGUUCUUGAUCAAUUUCAACUACUAUAUAAGAGUGAGUUUUUCAUUAUUGAAUGUUAUCAUUUUUCUCAGUGUGAUUUUGCUUUGCUUUGCAGGUCAUCCAGGCUGCAUUUCUGAUUGUCAUUUUCAUUCCUUUAGUAUGUAAUACAGUAUUGUUUGUUUGCAUUUACAUGAAGAAUAAUGGGACAGUUUUGAUGCUUCUGUCCAAAUUUUAUUGUGUGACAGGAUUGUAUUCAAUUUUUUGUGCAA